AUGGCAGCUGCGCGAAGGCAAGAAUCGGGCGAGUUUAUGAAAGCUUCACAGACGGCCUGGCCAGAGUGGGCGGGUGGGGAGCUUCCCGGAGACGUGGGAAAGGACAGGCGAGCGCAGCACUGGAAAGGCCAAAGCGAAGAGACCCGCUUCACCAAAGUCCCAGUGCUCUUUGAAGUGAAAGCACAGCCCAGCUCUGAGGCAGAGGGGUCCUGCAAAACGAUUGUCCGAAGCUUCCUCAGCUGCAAAGUCCGCACCUCGGACUCUUCGCGGUGCAGUUUGCGGCGGCUGCACGUGACGGCACCGUUGAGCGCGACUUUGCAGAACGAAGGCCUGGCUCUCAGCCUCGCUUGCGACAGUUACAGCAUUGCGCAGGCGGACGCGGCCAUCUCGGCCGCCAUAACAGCCGCCUUGGCGCCGCACGAGACGGCGGUCCAGCGAGAUGCCGCGAUCGCAGCCGCGCUUGAAAGCUACGAUACCGAGGUCUACGCACUGAUAGCUGCCGCGCUGACUGCGUACAGCACCACUGCUCAAACGAAUGCUGCCAUUGCCGCCGCUGUGGCGGGAAUCGAUCUCAGUCCCUAUUACACCAGCGCUCAAACGGACGCCGCGAUCGCCGCCGCUUUGGUGCCGGUGACGCUCAGCAACGCGCCUGCUUGGGGAACGAAUCCAACGUGGGAACUGUUGAAAGGCGGAAACGUGCUGCGCAAUCUGCACUUCGCCGGGCCGCUGAUUGCGAGCCUGCAGAACAACGCUGACACGCUGCAGAUCGAAUGCGACGCGUACGAUCGAUCGGAAACGUUCACGCAGGCCGAAGUCAAUUCGGUGAUUUCGGGCGCGAUCGACGCGCUGAACAUCACGCAGUACAUUACCGCCGCGCAGGCCUCGACCGCCAUUUCGGACGCGCUUGUGCCGUACUAUGACGCCUCGCAGGUCGACGCGCAGAUCGCCGCCAACAGCUUUGACGCUAGCGACUAUUACACGCGGACCGAAAGCGACGCGAAAUAUUUUCCCGCCAACGGCAACGCCGGAGGAUCAUCCAACCAUUUGCCCCGCUUCCCGCUGACCGGGAACACGAUACUCGGCAACGCCGCCACGAUCGAGCUGGAGUGCGACUGCUACAGCAAGAGCCAGUCGGAUGGGAGGUACCUCUCCAACAGCGAUUUCACCCCCCUGGACGGCCGCUAUUUCCCAGUGAACGGGAACGCGAGAGGCAACGGAAUCUUUCCGAUGGUGAUCACCACCCUCACGCCGAGAAUGAUUCGCGCCGUUCUGCCAAGAGCGCCCUUGAGCGGCGCGCUCAUUUUGGGCAACGCCGGCACACUGGAAUUGAGCUGCGACUGCUGUUCGAAGGCAAAAGCCGACGGCAGGUAUUUCGCGGCGUCGCUGGGCAGCGCCCUGGAUGGACGCGUGACUGCCUUGGAAGGCAACCCCUUGCCCGCCGACAUCAGCGUGAACAGCGUGACCGCGACGGGCGACUGGCUGACUUUGGCGGGCGGGACCGCGGGCACCAGAAUUCGCGAUGCUGGCAGCAGCGAUUUGAUCACCGUGACGACUUCGGAAGCCUUCUUUGGCAUCAGGGCCAGAGUGGACCACAGGCUCACCAUCGAUACCCCCAGCGGGGCUGACGAGGGGCUGUACACCGCCGCUGUCAGGGCGAGAGGCGGCGACGCGCUGCUCACGCUGACCGGAGGCAGCGCUGGGCUGCGGGCGGAAGGCGCGAUGGAGCUCACGGGAAUUUUGAUGCGCACGGAAGCCGUUUUUCCAACGAGACUGUCGACUCCCGAAAUAGCGCCGUCGCCCAGCACCAACGCGUACAUGAGGCUUUUCACGGGCACGACGGGCUUGGAAGUCGCCGAUCAGAGCUUGAACCCGCUGCUGCAAGUGGAAGACGACGAAACCAAGAGUCUGAGCAGAGUGUUCUCGAUCAGCAGGUCCGCCACGGGCGGCGACGUCGGAGCGAUCUUUCGAAACACCACCCCCGUCGGCUUCGCUAGGCUGCAGCUGGGAGCCAACUCUGCGGUGGGCUUCGCGCAGCUCGAAGUGCCCUCCACGGGAGGUUGCACGGUGUACGCGCCUGGCCAGGAAAUUUGGCUGCAGAACAGAGUUUCGGGACAAGCCCCGCUGAUCGUCGAGACGGACAGCGACGUCACCGUGACCUACGGCUUCAACAAUUUGUCGGACGCUCGCGUGAAGCGGAACAUCAGAGAAGCGGACUUGGGAGCGCUGCAAGGCAUCUUCGGCGCCGCGCAGCCUAAAAUGUACGACCGAAGCGACAUCGAAAAGACCGAUUGCCUGGGGUUUGUGGCGCAGGACUUCGCGAAGAGCUCCUCCAUGGUUGGCUGCUUUUCCUAUAGCGUCCGACAGAAAAAAGGUCCGACCACCAUGUUCGGCAGCCCCGCGACUAUUCAGGAGCUGCACCCAAAGUAUUGUGCAUCGAUUCAACAAGCCCUGUCAUGUGCAGUUUGCCUUGGAGCUACCUAUUGCAAGUACGGUUAUCCUUACAAGAAGGCCACGCGCCUUUGGCACAACUUGCCUUGGACUCCCGAACACAAGCCUCCUGGACAGGUGCUCGCAAGCCCGGGAAAACGGCGGCAGGCACCCCGCUUUGGCGCAGCGAGGCAGUCAGCCGACGUGCACAGACAACAGAAACUCCCAAAGGCAGCUGUUCAGCAUUCCGCCGGCGCUGUGCAGGGAGAUGGCUUCGGCCGUCAACCUCGCGACCGGGCCUUAGACUCCGAUUGUGUGGAAAAGCACCGAGUGGGCUAUGAGCCUUCUAAUUACGAGGGCAAAGGAGAUCGCGUGAACCUGGUCCUGCGGCUGACUGAAGACGCAAGCAAAUUUGCAGAAACCGUCGAGCGUCAGGCCUUGGCGCGGCUGAACGAUAAGCAAUUCCAAUUGCAAUCCUGCAUCAAAGACACCAAAGCGGGACUUGCGCUGAAGUGCAACAUGAACUUGAAUCAUGUCAGAUUCUGGAACGCUGACGGAAAGCGCUUGCAAUGUUCUCCGAUGAAUUUGUGCGGCAGAUAUGCAACUGUCGCAUUGGACGUGCGUGGAGUGUGGCUGAUGGGCAACGCUUGCGGACUCCUUCUGGAAUGUCGCGACAUCAAGUUGCAAGACUCCGGCGAGGAG